AUGUCUACGAUUUGCAUAAUAACCGUCUUCCAGGUAUUCGAUAACUAUGGCCCUAAAUGGCUUCUUUUAAUAGGAACAUUUCUUCAUGUUUUCGGUCUUAUGAUGACAUCUAUAUCCACCGAGUACUAUCAAUUCUUCCUAGCCCAGGGUAUCUGCAGCCCUCUUGGUGCAAGCUUUGUGUUCUCGCCCGCGCUCUCGUGUACUGCAACAUGGUUUGAAAAUCGACGUGCUUUGGCCUUCGGUAUCGUUUCCAGUGGCUCAUCUCUCGGCGGAGUCGUCUUCCCAACCAUGUUAUCUCGCCUCUUGCCUACCAUCGGGUUCGGAUGGUCCCUACGUAUCUCUGGAUUCAUUGUCCUCAUGCUCCUAGUCAUAGCCAAUUUAACCGUCCGAUCAAGAAUUGCGCCUGUUCCUCGGCCGGUUAGAUUGAGUGACUACACGAGUCCGUUCACGGAGUUACCGUUCGUUUUGCUGGUGCUAGCCUCGUGUUGUGGAUUCUUCGCCAUGUUUGUGCCAAUCAAUUAUGUUGUUUUGGAGGCCCAGGAGGAUGGAAUCGACCGCAACAUUGCUGGGUACCUGUUGACAAUUUUGAAUGCCGCCAGCCUACCUGGUCGAAUUUUGCCAGGCUACCUCGGCGACAAACUGGGUCGAUUUAACGUCAUGAUCGCCAUGUGCUCUUUGUCAGCCGUUGUAAUACUAGCCCUAUGGCUUCCAGGCACCAUUCUGUCGCCAGGAAGUGCGGCUAUCUACAUUGUCUUCAGCAUGCUUUAUGGCUUUGCAUCGGGUGCGUUUGUGGGCAUGGUGCCCGCCCUACUGGGCCAGAUUUCGCCCGAUGUGACCAAGAUCGGGGUUCGUCAGGGAGUGCUCUUCAGUUGCAUUAGUAUUGCGUCGUUGACGGGAAGUCCGAUUGCUGGGGCCAUAUUGAGUCGACAGAACGACACAUAUUGGGGAUUGCAGGUAUGGGCGGGUGCAAUGAUGGUGACUAGUGUAUUUUUCUUUGCAAUGGCGAGAGUGGUCAUUGGUGGGAUUUCUAUUACAAAAAGGGUUUGA